AUGACAACAGUUGAAACAAAAACUUUCAUUGAGACUUUUCUAACAUGGAGAAAAAAUCAUCUCACAACCAACUAUAAGACCGAAUCAACUGUGGAUGUCUCCACUUUGACCCCCGAAAAGUUCAUGGCACUCACAACCUAUCAAAAAGGAACGGACACUACAUUGCCCGAAACAGAUUUUGUAAAAACAGAAGCAGACUCCUAUAUGUACGACCUUAUUAAGGCUAAUCUUACUGACAAUGGUAGAUCAGUACUCAAUGUUUCCAAGCCAACUCUCUCUACCGAGAUUACCGGUGCCAUCGUCGGUGAGGGAUAUGCAGCGGAGAUCACCAAAUACUCUAACCUCUGGUUGCUCCAGUUUUUGAAGGAGCGUACUGAAAAUUCCAAAUCCUAUUCCAGAGUCAAGUCUAAGGCUACCACUGAUUUCCAGGCUUCUCAAGGUAGUAAAAUUAUGACCGACGUCAACAUGAAAUUUUCCUAUCUCGCCACAGUAAAGAAAGUUCCUGCGUUCAUUCCUUACAUGUACAAUGCAGACACUCUGAAGGAUAAAGUCAAGUCGUACCUUUUGGAAGAUGUCUACAAAGAAACAUGGGUGGAAAAGGCUUUUAAUUCCAACAAGGUGCUUCUAAAUGAAGCCGAUGUCGCCGAUCAUUCUUAUGCAUUCUCAGAGCUCAAGGCAAAGUUGGAUAUUUUGGACCCUUCAUUUGGACUCUCAAGUACCGUGCUCAGUGAAUACUACUCUCACCUCUAUGCGAUAGCAGCACCAUUCAGUUUGAAAAACACUCCAAAAAUCAAAAGAAUGUUUAGAAAGAUAACAACCGAUGUCCUUGUGGCGAUUGCUAAAUCAACAAGUCAUCCAUGGACAAAUCUAGUUACCGAUUGGGAGGCUAUUUACACAAGUAAAGGAACAUUUGGUAAAAUUUUAGGAGAUGCUCUUUUCCACAUGAGCAAGUUAAUGGUCAACGCUGCAAAGACAAAGGCAGUAAGUGCUAGUGAUGCUUAUGUUAUCAACAAGGAUAAGUUCAUUGAGAAACUCAAGAAGAUUAAAGGUGCAAUCCCAGUUGGAAAACCUGAACUUGUGGCUAAAUGGGAGGAAUCGACAACGUUUAAAUUAGUAUCUGGAUUGUUUGUUUUGGUUAAUGCUGGUGUCAUCUAUAAAGGACUCUAUAGCUAUGACAAGCUUACCGAUCCAGAAAAGGUCUCACUCUGGAUAACCUCUGCACAAACUGGUGUCGAUGGCAUUACUUCGAUUGUGGAUGCAAUUCAAUUUGGUUAUAAAGCAUACAAAUGGAUUGGCGCGAAAAUUGCAGACCUAAUUAAGCCGAAUGUAGUUUCACCAAUAGCGCAGGCCGUAGCAACUAAAAAUGUCGCCAAGUUUGCUACUCUUAUUAAAAUGACCAAGUACUUGAAGAUCGUCACUGGUGUAUUACUUGUAGCUAGUAUGUUGGUCUCAGGAUACGAGUUGGUGACAGCAAUUGCAAACAAACAGUGGGGAGAGGCUGCCCUUUCCCUAACCGAGCUUUCUCUGACGUUUGCCCUUUUUGUUUUAACAUUCUUUGUCAGCACUUCCUGGUCUGGUCCAGCAUGUUUGGUCUUGACUUUUGUUCUCAUCGUAAUUGCAGUAGCCAAGAUUUUCUGGGACACAAUCACACAUUUUUUUACUGGAGAUCCAGUAGAGAACUACUAUAAAGAUAAUCCUACAUAUAUAAUGACAUCCAGAGAAUAUCUAGAUUACAUGUAUGCUGCACUUGAUGCUUAUAAUGUAAAGCAUCCAGAAAAUGCCAUUGUAACAAGAAAUCUCAGACUAACUCUAGAUAAGGGUAAUGCUAUUAGUAUGCUUCCUGAAUAA